AUGGCGAGCAAAGAGACGGGGAAGGACUCGGACAAAGUCGAGGCACGAGACGCCGCGUCGGAGCUACCGCGAGGCAAUCGACGCUAUGCGACGGCGUUUCUAUGUCUCUGUGUCUCGACCAUCUGCUACGCUGAGCGGACCAACAUGGGCAUAGCGUUGCCGGCGCUCGUGAUCGAUAAGAAGGAGCAGGGCGAAGUGCUGUCGGCGUUUUUCUAUAGCUACAUGUGCACUCAAAUCCUCGGGGGGUAUUUAGCUGCUAGAUCUGGCGCGAAGAUUGUGUUGCUCACUGUUGUCGUCUGGACGCUGUUCGAUCUGUCGACAGUGGUCGUGGCAAAGUGCCUCACGUGUCUGUUGUUCACGAGAGCAGGUAUGGACGUUGGAGAAGGCAUCUUGUUCCCUUGCAUGCACCAGAUCGCGAGCACAUGGUACCCGCCAGUGGCUGGCAACGCAUUUUCGUUGUGUUUGGCGCUUCCAGCUUCGUCUGGGUUGUGGCAUAUGUGUUUAGAGGAAGCUAGUCGGCCAGAAGAUGACCCACGUAUCACCGUGAAGAAACAAACGUUCAUUUUGCGCAACCGCAUUGCAAAUCCAAGCACCACCUGUCAACAUCGCGCCGAGCUGGACGUUCAUCGAGUUGGACAUUCGCUGAGCUUAACAUCCAUACCCAAGAAGGGCGGGCUCGCUGCGGUGUUGCCCUACAUGUGCGGCUACAUCGGGACUCUGCUGUUUGGACGGCUAGGAGACUCGUUAGGCACUCGCGGCCAUCGUGCACUGCAUGUGCGCCAAGUCAUGAAUGCGUUUUCGUUCCUCGGAUGCGCUUACUUUCUCGUCCUGCUGCGUUUCGCGAACUCAGCCCCCGCUGCAGUUGCCGUGCUGUGUAUGACACCGUUCACAGGUCGCGCCGCUAUGGCUGGAUGCUGGGUCAACAUGAUCGAUGUGGCGCCAAACCACGCUGCGCACAUUAUGGGCGUCUCCAACACCUUUGGAACCAUUCCUGGGAUCAUUGGCAGUAUGAUCACAGGCGCAAUUCUGCAUGCUACGGGAUCGUGGGACCUCGUGUUUGCAGGGGCUGCGCUUGUUCUCGUGUUCGGCGCGACGUUUUUCCAUUACUGCGCAUCGGAUGAAUCGAUUUACACACAGCCGAGCUAUCGAGAAGGGUACAACAGAAGCAGCGCAACUUCAAACAGCUUUCCUGGUAGCCUCGAUUGCAGCCCGUUUCGUUCGUCGAUCCCUGACGAAGAGGAGAGCUUGCCCGAAAACCAAAUAUGA